AUGAUCAGCUCUCCUUUCAAAGGUUCCCUGGACUGUGCAUGGACGCCGGAGUUAACUGUAAAAGCAUUCGACAAUGACGAUGAUAAUGUCAUUGUUGAUUUCGACAUUGACUUUGACGAUGAUCUUUUCUCAAUUUACAUGGACGUUAAAAAGCUGGAAGAGAAGGAGAACAACGUCAACGUCGGCCUUGACAAUGACGUUCUCCAGAACGGAGGCGGUUUUGUUGCCGGGAGCUGUGGCGGCGGCCGUUGUCGUGGGAGGCGGAAGAGGAAGGAUAAGAGCAAGACUGCUAUCAUCACGACUCAGCCGAGGAAACAAAGGCAAAGGCGUGGGCUGAAGGGUUGUUUGGUGGAUGAGAAAAGGUUUGUGGAGGCGAGAAAAGCAAUGGCGCCGGAAGAGUUGGCGGAGCUUUGGGCAAUCGAUCCUAAGCGGGCCAAGAGGAUUGUGGCAAAUCGACAUUCGGCAGCCCGGUCGAAAGAGAGGAAGGCUCAAUACAUAGUAAAUCUCGAGGAAAAGCUGAAGACGCUUAAUUCGCAGGUGGCUUUGCUCAAUAAUCGACUCACCACAACCCAGAGGGAGACAACGGAGCUUGUAGCUGAAAAGUCAGAAUUAAGAUGUCAGCUGCAGACCCUGGAGAGUCAAACCGAGCAAAUCGAUGCUCAAAAUGCAGCACUCAAGCUGGAAAUCCAAUGGCUGAAAUCCGUCACAGGGGAAUUGGACGACUCCUGCCACGUCUGCCAAUCCGAGUCUCUGCAGUUUCCUACUUCAAUGUCAACCCACCAAAAGCCGCUGCUUCACAAUUGCCAGCCCAGCACGUUAUCUCCCUAUUUGCACGUGGCAAGUCCACAGCCUCUCUUCUAGCAAUUACAGAGAGAUGCCCCCGCUGGUGAACUACAGCAACUGUACAAAUCUCUCAUCCACACAAUCACCUUUUGAGCCAUGCAAGAAGUGCUCGCCCGUUAGUGUUAGAUUUGAUGAUGCUGACAUUAUCAGCAAACGGUCAAGCCCUGCUCAUCCUUUGAGCACAGUGAUAGCUAGCUUUGUGGGCUUUAAGGUCGUUGCCCGUGUUCAGGACGGUAGUGGAGCUUCUUUUUCUUUUUUCCUUUUUGGCCAUAGCAACGCUAGGAGAUCCAUGCUUAGUGGAAUAAUAGGACGACGAUUAGGCUACCUGAGAGGUUGAAACCUCGCAACGAGUGGCUCUGUAACUGGUCUUGUUUAAACUUUAAACAAAGGCUGCUAAACAGUUUCAGAUAA